CCGUUUUUGACAGUUGUUCGCUUGUUAUAGAGAUAGGGGCAACUAAAUAAAAAACAAAGUUGUCGUAUAAAUUGCUACAUAGUUUACCGCAGUAUCAAGCAGGAAGCUUGUACUUUACGAAACCCAAAGAUUGAAAGUAUAUAAAUAUCGUGCAGCUCAAAAAAAAAUUCGCCAAGGCGACAAAGUGAUGUGAACCAAACUUAUACAAGCUUCGUUCUAAUUAUAAAUUCAACGUUCGACCAAGCAGAUCUCACUUCCAAUGCGAUGCCCGGUCAAUUCAUCAAAGUGAAAGAAACAGGCGGGGUCAUAUCGCGAGAGGCGUUUUCCGACUCUGUAAAAAAGCAAGACUUAAGCAAGUGUGAUACAGAUUCCAAUUACUCCAACUCCACCGGGGAUAUUUGCCGUAUAUGCCACUGCGAAGCUGACUCGGAAAAUCCCCUGCUAUCCCCAUGCUACUGCUCGGGCAGCCUUAAGUAUGUGCACCAAAAUUGCCUGAGGCAGUGGCUUGCAGCUUCAGAUACAAGAUCCUGUGAGUUGUGCAAGUUCAACUUUAUACUACAUACAAAAAUUAAGCCGCUUUCCGAAUGGAGGAUUCUGGAAAUGAGCAGCGUUGAGAGAAGACGACUGCUUUGUGCAAUUUUGUUUCAUUUUGUGGCAGCAGUAUGCGUCGUGUGGUCACUAUUUGUACUUAUUGAUCGGGCUGCUGAAGAGGUUCAAAAAGGCUUGAUUGCAUGGCCAUUUUGGACCAAAUUAGUUGUGGUGGCAGUUGGAUUUACCGGCGGGGCUGUAUUUAUGUACAUACAAUGCAGGCAGUACUUACAUCUUUUUUCUCGAUGGAAAGCCCAUAAUAGAGUAAUCCUGGUGCAAAACGCACCGGAAAAAACUGCGGUGCACACGCCAUCGCCUCAUUACAUUUACGCAAAAGAGAGUGGCCAGAAUUUGUUGUCUCAAGUGGUAACCCAAGCCGAGUACAAUAUACCACCUUCCGAUACAAACUCAAACUCGCAAAGCGAAGUGCAAAUGUGUUACGUCUUUGAAAACGAGUGCAACAAAGCCAAAUGUUUCGGAAGUUGUGCGUCGUCUAUACAAAAAGCGGACGUGCACAUUGAAGAUCUCUGCGACACGCCCCAAAACGACUCGACGCAACAUCCUGAUGACUAUUUGAGGAAUAACAUUGUAGCGUUAGAUAUUGAAUGCCCUCCGGACCGUAACAGGCUCUAUUCAAUGCAGAGCUCUUUCAAGACUGACAAUAUGGGUAACACUUACAAAUCUUUACCCAACUUGAUAAAUACUAGCAGUGAACACUUGCUGUUGUAAAUAGUUAUAUAUAUAUUUUAAUAAGAUUAUGUAAU